AUGUCGCAGACGACAGCCAACAUGACAUCUUGGCACUGCUUUCCCGCCGAGAUUCGUUACAUGGUCUUGGAAGUCUUAAUGCAGGACGGUUGUCGCUUGGCUGACUUCGCCACAGUGUCGCGAGAGUGGCAGACGACUAUCGAGCGGCACAACUUCUCCCGGAUCAAGCUGACACCGUCACGCCUCGCUAAUUUUGGUUCCAUGGUUCAUCGUAAUAGGAGUCUCGUACGCUAUAUUUGGCUUUGCUUGGAACUCGAAAAAUAUGAUUGCACCCAAUGCGACUUUCCAUUUUCGCGAGGCAUGAGCAACGCAGACAAUACCAUGAUUAUUACGGCAUUCCAAGAUCUCUUCUCGCACCUUAGCGCAUGGGAACCAGACGGCGACUUACUGCUAGAUAUUAGCGUCCACUCCCUCAGCGACUCGGAGCAUUGGUUUAAAUAUCUGACCUUUGAGCCUGAUAAUGAUUCCAAUGCGUACGGCCGAGUUCAACACAUAGAGCAGUCGUUGUUGUUCAAAGCUAGCGACCACCACCACGGAUGGAUUACUGGUCGUCAACCUUCCAUUCCUUCAUAUGCUGCUUGCCACAAACCCUUUGACGAAAUUAUGGGCGAGGGACCUUUUGAUAACGAACAAGAAGAAUACAAGUGGUGGCAGCAACUGCCUUUAGUCCCGGCAGUAACAGGUGUGCUCCUCCGUCAACAGAACCGCCGACGAUGGAAGCCGGACGCGUUGGCACAUAUGUUUGCCCGUCUUCCCGGACUCCGGCAAAUUCAUUACGAGCCUUGGAGGGAAUGGGAUAACAUUAUACAGCGGGAUACAGAUCAAGGUAAGUGCUACUACGCCGGUUUAUUGUUCUCGGUUACUUCUAUAGUCUAG